AUGUCCCUCAAGAUUACUCCUAAUAUCCAGAUCGCCGUCAUCGCCUGUCUGGCUGUUGUGGCCAUAGCUGAUCAGUCCCCUUAUCCCCCUCCACCUGCCCCCUACCACCCUCCACCACCGGCAUACCACAGCGAACCACAUUACCCUGAUUCGACGCUGACGACUUUUUCCAUUCUACAGGUUCCUCCCAAGUACGCCUACAACUACGGCAUCUCCGACGACUACGGCGUCAACCUCGGCCACUCGGAGUCCCGCGACGAGCAUGACAAAGAGAGAGUUCGGCCUGAGUAUAUAAAGUCUGAGCUCGUCUUCAGCGCCAUCAUUCUCUCCGCCGCCAUGUCUCUCAAGAUCACCGUCAUCGCUUGCUUGGCUAUUGUGGCCAUAGCUGAUCAGUCCCCUUACCCCCCUCCACCUGCCCCCUACCACCCUCCACCACCGGCCUACCACAGUGAACCUCAUUACCCUGAUGUUCCUCCCAAGUACGCCUACAACUACGGUAUCUCCGACGACUACGGCGCCAACUUCGGCCACUCGGAGUCCCGCGACGGAAAUUCUCUGGUUCAGUGA